ACGUGGUGUGACUUGUCUUGACUCUUGACUAGGGUUUUUGAAAGGGUUUAGAACUCUUCUUCAUACUUGUAGUUUCUUCCAACUUCCCAGCAUACCUAAUUUCCAAUUUCAAUGGCGUCAAAUCGGGAAAAAGACCCCAAACUCGAAGAUUCAGAUUUAGACAUUGAUGAAGAUGACCAAAAAUUCGAAGUUGAUGAAGAUUGGGAUGAAUGGAACGCAGAUGAAAACGAGGAAAACGAUGAAGAAGAUUCCCAAUUCAAGUGUUUGUUCUGUAAUUUCAACUUCAAUUCUUCCGAUUCCUUGCUGCAACAUUGUAGUUCAAUUCACCAUUUUGAUUUUUCUGGGUUAAAGAAGAAUUUAUGUUUGGAUUUUUAUGGCUGCUUCAAGCUUGUUAACUACAUCAGGGUUAUGGUAGCACAAAACACUUGUUGGAGCUGUGGGUAUCAGUGUAGGUCUGAUCAAGAGCUACUUUUACAUCUUCAUGAGACAAAAUUUUCUGAGGAGUUGAAGCUUUUGUGGGAUGAUGACAAAUAUCUCCAACCAUUUAUGGAAGGGGAUUCCCUACUCUAUUGCUUUGAUCAAGAUGAAGAUUUUGAAGAAGAUGAGUGUAUGCCGUCAAUUGAUGAGGAGGAACUAUCACGGAUAAUGGAAGAUGCACGGCAUUUUGAUAAACUGAUGGUAGAUGCUGGUGUCUCUGGCCCCAUCGUUUCAAAUAUGGAAGCAAAGGAAGUCUUGGCUUCUACUUCUAUUGUUAGCUCGUCUAGUGAAGUAAUGGUGAAUGGGGUUGAUGUUGCACGUAAUUUUCCUGUUAAAAAGGAAAAUGGCCUGCCUUAUAGAGUUCUUAAUAGUGUUGCAGCAUCAGAAGUCAAGAAAGUUAACAAAAGUUAUUUUGAAUCCUAUAGCUCCUUUGGAAUCCAUCGGGAGAUGUUAAGCGACAAGGUUAGAAUGGAUGCGUAUAGUCAAGCUAUAUUGAAAAACCCAUCCCUUUUUAGGGGUGCUUCUGUGAUGGAUGUUGGUUGUGGGACUGGCAUACUUAGCCUUUUUGCAGCCCAGGCAGGGGCUUCAAGAGUUAUUGCAGUGGAUGCGAGUGAGAAGAUGUCUGCUGUGGCUGCUCAGAUUGCGAAAGACAAUGGCUUUCUAUGGAGUGGGAGCGUUUGCAAAGGGAUUAAGCAGAGUACUGGUGUAGUUGAAGUUGUCAAUGGUAUGAUUGAGGACCUUGAGAGGUCAAUAUCUAUUGAACCGCACACUCUAGAUGUCUUACUGAGUGAAUGGAUGGGAUACUGUUUGCUUUAUGAAUCAAUGCUCAGCUCUGUAAUUUUUGCACGAGAUCGAUGGCUGAAACCUGGGGGUGCUGUGCUGCCAGAUACAGCAACGAUGUAUGCUGCAGGUUUUGGAAGAGGUAGUACCAGUCUUCCCUUCUGGGAAAAUGUUUACGGUAUAGACAUGUCUUCUGUUGGUAAGGAACUUGUUAAAGAUGCUGCUGAGUUUCCUAUAGUUGAUGUUGUCGACAGCCAUGAUAUAGUCACUAAGACUGCUGUUCUGAAGAACUUUGAUUUGACAACCAUGAAAAUUGAGGACAUGGAUUUUACUGCUCGCAUCGAGCUGCAACCAGAGUUGGGUAGUGUCACUGAAUCAAGUGAUUUGAAAUGCAGAUCAACAUGGUGUCAUGGAGUUGUUUUAUGGUUUGAUACUGGUUUCACAAGCAGGUUUUGCAAAGAAAUGCCUGCUAACUUAUCCACAUCACCUUACACGCUGAAGACACAUUGGUCCCAGACAAUUUUCACUUUUAGAGAACCCAUAGCACUUCCAUCCGGAAAAUUUGAUGCAAAAACAUCAGCUGGCGUUGGAAGUGGUUCCUGCCCAGCCUCAAAGAUUGAGUUACGCAUUAGUAUUGCCCGUGCACCGCAGCACCGGGCCAUUGACAUAUCAAUGGAGACUGCAGCUGUCGGCCAUGAUUGUCGAAGGCGAGCUUGGCCUGUACAAAUUUUCAACCUCUCUUAGAAGCAUACUUGUCUGCCGUCCUGUAGUAUAUCUCCACUCUCACUUCUUGUUAUUGGUGUAUCAGUUGCGUGAUUGAUAGUAGUAGUCUUUUUUGUGUCUUUAAACACUUUGUAGCGAGUGGUAGCCCGCCUCUUCUUUGGGCAUCAGCAAAUUUUGUUUUCUUGAUUUAAUUUAAGCUAUAUUAAAAAUUUUGUCCAUUCAUUUGAAAA